AUGUCUGACCUUGAACGUCAUAUAACCCAAGCUCGUGAGGCGCUGGCCGAAAACAAUGCCAAAAAGGCACUAACCAUUUUAAAGCCAUAUAGGAAGUCUCUGAAGAAUCACGAGUCUUCCAACCUACCGCUACUACAAAUAUUUAGCGAAGUAUACUUAGAGAAUGGUGAUUUGGAGAAGGCAUAUCCUUUGUUGUAUCGCUCUUGUGAGCUUGAUGACAAAGGUACGAAAGGUGGAUGUGAUAAAUUUUUCACUCUGGGCCAAAUUAUCGGAGGGCAGGAUGGCCUUGCUGUUUUGUCGCAAGGUAUCGAGAACGUAUUUGGUAUAGCUGGAGAAAGUAUAUCACAAGAGCAAACGGAAAAAAUUGUGAGUGGGUUACUGUCUAUGAUUGAAAUUUGGAUGACUGAUCUGUGUAUGGAACCAAGCGCAGAGUCUCAAUGCGAAGACUUGAUUAAAAAAGCCAUGGAAAUUUCUGAGAAUUCAUCUGCCGAGACUUGGUCUGUUCUAGGCUCCAUCAGAAUAUCACAACAAAGAUUUGCUGAGGCAUGUGAAGCGUUUACCCAAUCGUGGAACUACUUCAAACUGAGAAAGGAUAAAAUUGGUCAAGAUACCGCUAAUAAUACUACCAAAACAUCUCACUUGGAUUAUGUCGAUAUGUUACAACCUUUACUCGCGUUGGCCAAGAUGUGUAUCGAGGUUGGCCUAUAUGAAAUAGCAUUGCACGUCGAGAAUGCUGUCAAAGAAAUUGACGAAGACAACCUUGAAAGUUACUAUUUGGAAGGUUUUACGAAUUAUCUAAUUGCCAAAUCGGAAAUCUUCAAGACCGACAAUCCAGAAGCAGAAUUGACUCCAGAAGCAUUCUAUGAAUUUAAUCAACACAUACAAGAUGUUCCCCUAGACUUCAACAACCCAAAUAUAGCAGAACAAUUGCAAGAUGCCAAAGUUGCCCUAAGUUUUGCCUCCAAACUUGGCGAAAACGUGGACGAUGGUGAUGAACUUGCACAAGAGUUGGUAUCAGGUGCCCGUGCGCUGCUAGAAGAAUUGGGUGGUUCAUUGAGUGAUGAAGAGUUGCAGAAACUGAGGAAAGGCGACCCCAAUGAUGACCUCGGUGAUGAAAUCGAUGUUGAGGAAUUCAGCGAAGAAAACUAG